AUGCAAGAUCAUCAUGCGGCUUACUAUCCCUGUCAUCCAUAUGAACCCUUUAAAUGUCCGGGCGAUGGCAACUGCAUUUCAAUACAGUAUUUAUGUGAUGGCGCUCCUGAUUGCUCUGAUGGUUACGACGAGGAUAUGCGCUUAUGUACUGCGGCUAAACGGCCACCAGUAGAGGAGACAGCAUCUUUCCUUCAGAGUUUAAUAGCAUCGCAUGGUCCCAACUAUUUGGAAAAACUCUUUGGUAGUAAGGCACGUGAUGCACUCGCUCCGUUGGGCGGAGUAGAAAAAGUUGCAAUUGCCUUAAGCGAAUCGCAAACAAUUGAAGAUUUUGGAGCUGCACUUCAUCUUAUGAGAUCUGAUCUUGAACAUUUACGUUCCGUUUUCAUGGCUGUUGAAAAUGGGGAUUUGGGUAUGUUAAAAUCGUUGGGCAUUAAGGAUUCGGAACUAGGCGAUGUGAAAUUCUUUUUGGAGAAACUUGUUAAUACUGGAUUCUUAGACUGAGUAGCACCAGAUCCGGCUUCUGGAUUUUAUUACGCACACGCUCAACCCAUUAACCCAAGUUUCUAUUCAUAUUUGGGCACACCCUAUGAGAAUUAUAACUAUUAAAUAACCAUAGAGUGAGGCUCACAGAUGAAUGAAUCAUCAAAACAACUCACACGAACACAAACACAAACACAGACACACAGAUAUACAGACACAUACACACACAUAUACUCAGUAUAUAUACAAACCGUAGCAUAAUUUCAUUUAAUUUUUUCUCAACUUUUAAAAUACCUACAAAUUUUUAAUUCUAAUUUUAAGCCCUAUUUCAAUUCUCCUAUUAAAUUAUUUCUUCAAAGUUCAAAGAAACUAAACAUUUUUCAAAAGUUUUUAUAAAAAAUAA